AUGGCAGACAACCCCGAGCUCGAAUCAUUCCGUCGCAAGUGGCGCGAGGAAGUUGCUGGUAGAUCUAAACCUAGAGCUGCCCCUCCCUCUGUGGCUCGGGACCCGCAACCGACAAGAUUCCCACCCAGACAACAUGAGGCGUCUCACCGCAAGGACCUUGAAGAAGAGGGGCCCCCGCCGGCAUCUUUCGAUCCCGAGGAACUGGCCCAACAGGUUGGGCAGCUUACCGUGAAACCAGAGGACGAGCAUGAGGAGGACGGAUUCACUCGUAAAGAUCAUCAUGAGCCCCGCUCAGCCCUGGAGCACUUCGAGCGUGCAGUUGAGAAGGAGGCCGCAGGCAACCUGGGUGAUAGCCUGCAUCAUUACCGCAGGGCCUACCGGCUAGACGCAAGUGUGGACAAGUCCUACCGGAAUAAGCACUAUGCCCACGUGUGGAAAAAGCCUACACAACCUGCACCCGGGACAGAAGCCGUUCCGGCCGAGGCUGUUCCUGCAAAAACCACGGCUUCUGUCGAAUCAGAAACUAUCCCUACUGCCGAGUUGGUUGCAUCAUUCGCGAACCUACCCAUUCCCCCGGCAGAAUCGCUCGUUGAAAACACUCCUCCGCCACCAUGUCCUAUCGCAAAGAUGCCUUCCGAAGUGAUAGGGGAAAUUCUGCAAUAUGUUGCGCUGCAAGAUCCGGCCACGUUUGGCCGAGUGGCUUUGGUUUGCAAGCGCAUGGCAUAUCAUUUCGCCCAUGAACAACCAAUUUGGAGAGCAGUAUGCCAGAACCCUGAGUUUGGAUUUGCUGGAAUGCAUUAUACAUUUGCCUGCGAUAUCUAUGGCAACCCAGUCUACACCCUUGAUGGCGUACGGUACACACCAUUCCCAGAAGGAGGCUCCUUUGAAAUCCCAAAGCCUCUUUCUUCAUGGAGUCAAGUGUUCCAAUCCUUCCCACGCAUUCGAUUCUCUGGUAUCUACAUCAGUACAGUCAACUACACCCGGCCCGGUGCCCAAUCAAGCCACCAGACCGUGUCCUGGAACAGUCCCAUUCAUAUUGUGACCUAUUACCGUUACCUUCGGUUCUAUCCGGACGGGUCUGUCGUUUCCCUGCUCUCAACCACAGAGCCGGUUGACGUGGUACCACACAUUAACAAGGAAAAUAUGAUGGCCGCCCGAGCUAUCUCCCAUAAGCAACAUCAGCGACAGCUUGCAGACCAAGGACAGUCCUUAUCUGGCGCAACUGAUCCUGUACCUGCAGUCGCGAUGAAUGCGCUGAGACACGCUCACCGCGGACGCUGGUGCUUGACUUCACCUGUUCCUCGCCCAGAAAAUUCAGUUGAAGAGGAGAAUACGGGAGCAGGUCCAAACGGGACCGAUGAAUCCUCAGACCCACGGGAUAUUGUUGUAGAGACCGAGGGCGUUGAUCCAAAAUACGUCUUUACUAUGCACUUGAGCUUGCGGUCCCCAUCUUCAUCCAAAUCCCACGUGAACCCGUCAAAGAACACAAAGCUGGUCUGGCGCGGCUUCUGGAGUCACAAUAAGCUCACUGAUGACUGGGCAGAGUUUGGUCUUCGUAACGAUCGGGCAUUCGUCUUCCGACGCGUGAGAGGCUGGGGAAUCCAUUGA